CCAGAAGACGCGGGCUACGGGCUGGCUGCGCCAUUCUCUGUGCUGCUCCUGAACCUCGACGGACGGCUGUUAUCCAUCUGGCAGGCGGUAGCAGCGGAAAUAAUGAGACGGGCGCCGCUAGUAGUGGUGUUGUCCGAAAUCUUCAAGGCGAACGCCAGUGGGGGAUUCGACCCGGCAGAUACGAAAUGGAGGAAAAUCGAGAAGGAGCUCGCUUUAGGUACUCUGGGGCGGUACCAUCUGUACAUGGCCUUCAACUCGCUCACCCUGGUGGCGCGAGGUGUCUCGCCACCAGGCACGCGCUUCUCCGCUGUCAAGAAUUCCGGGCCGCUGGCAGGCCUCGUCCAGGGGACCAUCGCUCACAAUCACAUACGAGGAAGAGCGGUCCUGGGAUACUUAUCGCCGUCAGUUCAGGCGCAGGCCUUGCACGAC